UGUGGAACUCCCCGGACGCCCCUCCCAAGCAUCAGCCUUUCGAUGUUAAGCAUAUCGUCACCCUUGUUCAACGAUUGCAUUCAUCUGAAGAGCAACUACAGACGCGGUGGAUCAAUGCGGUCCUUGGGCGGGUGUUUCUUGCCAUGUAUAGAACGCCGGAGAUGGAGGAGUUUUAAAAUUGGCCUACAAAGGAUUGAUAUGGGCGAAGGGGCGCCAUUUAUCAUCAAUCCAAGGCUCAAAGAUCUAACUGUUGACGGGAAUUGCUGUGUAGAGACAGACGUUCAGUAUACUGGCAACUUCCGAGUGGAGAUCUCGGCCACAGUGCGCAUUGACCUUGGGCCUCGUUUCAAGGCCAGGGAAGUAGACAUUGUUCUUGCCGUGGUGCUGAAGAAACUUCAUGGUCACCUGUUGAUACGGUUCAAGCCUCCUCCGAGCAAUCGAGCCUGGAUCUCCUUCGAAACGAUGCCAAGCAUGGACAUGGAGAUUCAGCCCAUCGUCAGUUCAAAACAAAUCACAUACGGUAUUAUUCUACGCACCAUUGAAAGUCGGAUAAGAGAGGUUGUCGCAGAAAGCAUUGUUCAGCCAUUUUGGGAUGAUAUCCCCUUCUUAGACACCGCCACGCAGCGUUUUCGUGGAGGAAUCUGGCAACGAGAUAUCCCGACACCGGACACGAAGGUCGACAUACCAGACGAGAGCGGCGCUCAGCCUCAGACAACAGGAGCAGAGAAGGGAGAUUUCGUUGAUAUGCUUAAAACGAAAGAUGAACGUACAAUGAGCGCGCCUGUGAUUUCUGAGUCUAUACCUAUCACGACAAAAUCCCGCAAGGGCUCCAAAGGAGACCUUGAAAGGAAUAACUCAAGUGCCUCAUAUACCGCUAUUGAGAAAUUCGGCAGCUCACCACCACGUGCCAUCCGAUCCCAGACGUUCUCCAACGCUGCUGAUCCUGUGCUUACAGCAGAUAAUGCAAAGAUCGACAAAGUCGUGUAUGACAGCAAAGACACAGAAAAGAGCAGUGCUGCUAGUGCCAUGAUUGAAAUAUCAAACCGCUCUCCUCCCGGGUCACCGAACAGAUCACCGAGUGGCUCGCCGUCUACCGACAGUAAUAUGCCACAAGACAAUGUGUCUCAAAGCCGGGAUCCAUCUAUAGUGGAAUCUAUUGAGAGUGUGGGGGAAUUUAGCACCGAGUCUUCUGUUCACCCUUCUGCUGUUCAUAAAACGAGUAGUUCAUCUCUUCGAAGUAUGGCUGCCAGUGCCACCGCCUCACCGGGUGGCAACAAACCCAGACGAAGUACACUCGAGACUCUGGCACGCACAGUGACUUCUUCCACUGCCGCAGAAAAGUCUCAAGUUUCUCUGUCAUUGGGCACAGCGACUUCUGUUGCGAAGAGAUGGGGUUGGAAUAUGUUUGGAAAGGGGGAACAGAACGCUACCCACGAAUCGUCCCGGCCUGCAGGUACACCAGAGGAGCCGAUAGGCCGAGGGCAUCCUCUUCCGCCCCCAGGCACCCCAUUGCCACGCCCUGAGUCAUUUACUUUCAAGAGGAACUCUGUUCCUGUAACCAAACGAAAACCUGUCCCGCAUAAUGCAUCUCCUGAGCAGCAGCCCAAAGGGGAUGGCAAGAGGCGUGUCUCAAAGCCACCUUUACCUAGAAGAAAGCCUAUCUUCAACUCAGGAGAUUCGGAGAAUCAUCCUGACGAGUUGCUGGUUGUCGAGGCCCCCUACGACUCAGGCCCUAAUAGCCCGGUCGUCGAUGUUGCCCCCGACAAUGCUUUGCCCGGGCCCAGUACACAGCGGAACUCACCCACGUCCAGUAUGGCGACGAGAAGGUCUAAUGAUAUUUGGGGGAAAGCAAAUGAACACGACCAAUUCUCCCUGGUCGAGGACGCCGAGGCUGACAAACACGGCAUGGCAAUCUUAUCAGCAACCGACGGCAUUAUUCCGUGACGGGCGAUGUUGAUUACAACCGGAUGCUGUCGCGCCUACUGAGCAGAGCUCGGUGUCGCUGCGGACGGUUUCAGCGUAUGGUGAUCGAUUUCCUCGCUCAACUUGCCAAUGUGGGUCCUAUGCUCUUUUUCCUUCGCUUCCUCUUUUUGUUUGUAUUACGACAUGGCCGUUUGUCCUAUGUAUACCCUCCGGCCAGUUAUAUGAUCUGAUCGGCGUCAUCAGAUGGUGUUCAAGGAGCGAUGUUCAACUUUUAAUUCAUCAUAAUGCGGUGUCAACUUAGACUGUUAGGCCUCGGUAUGGACGUACGGGUGAAUAUAUGACUGUGUCUUCCACCUCUAUUUUGUUUCCCCCUCCCUUGGUUUUUUUUUCCCCCUUUUUUUUAAAAAAAAAAAAAAGAGGGGGGUUGUUGCCUACAGUAGUAUUUUAGGCAUCAGAGUAA